CGCUCGCGCCGCUUUGGUUUCCUUGAAGAACGAAGGAAGGAUCUAGACUAGACGAUCUUCGAUCUGUUCUUCACCAUUCUCUCUAUAGUUCCUGGGAUCUUAGCCAGACGAGAACAUCAUAGCUGUGAUUUUACCGAUGGUUGGGGAGCGCGUUGUGAGAACCGAUCUCUGGAAGAAUAAUGCUCUUUCUUUGCAGUUGCGACUCAAAAACCGUUUCAGAGUCGCAGUAGAUAGACAUUGCCGCCACCAGAGGUUCACCAGAGAUGGCUACUUCUCCACCACAAUGCAACGCUGGCUUCAAAGAUUUCAACAUUUUCGCACCGAAUCAUUGCCGUCUUCCUCCAAUUUUUAUCGGAGAAAAGUUAAUAAGCAUGCUGGAGCAGAAGAGUCAAUCCUAAUUCGCAUGCUUCAAGCUCUUGCUGCUCCUGUAUUUGGAAAUGUUUGUUAUGUGUUUAUGCAUGGACUUAAUCGUGUUCAGAUAUAUGGUGCUGAAAAACUUCACCAAGCAUUACUAAAUAGGCCAACCGAUCAGGCUCUUCUAACGGUCAGCAACCAUGUCGCUUCAAUGGAUGAUCCACUGGUUGUUGCUUCUCUGCUUCCACCUAGUGUGUUGUUCAAUGCAAAUAAACUAAGAUGGACACUUUGUGCAACAGAUCGAUGCUUCCGUAAUCCUGCCACGUCUGCCUUCUUUAGAUGUCUUAAAGUUCUACCUGUUUCACGUGGAGAUGGGAUUCAUCAGAAGGGAAUGGACUUGGCAAUUUCAAAAUUAAACAAUGGUGAUUGGGUCCAUAUAUUUCCAGAGGGGACCCGAUCUAGAGAUGGCGGAAAAACAAUGGGUUCCGCUAAAAGAGGUGUUGCAAGGUUAGUCCUAGAUGCAGACACCAUUCCUUUGGUCAUCCCAUUUGUGCAUAUUGGAAUGCAAAAUAUCAUGCCUAUUGGAGCCAAACUUCCUUCCAUUGGGAACACGGUAACUGUUCUGAUUGGGGACCCAAUAUAUUUCGACGAUCUUUUGGCUAAAGAGAACCAUAUCAAGUUAAGGGGAAGCCUCCAUGAUGCUGUAUCUUUGAGAAUCGGCAACAGACUACAAGAACUUAAGGCUCAAGCUGAAAGAUUAGCUCUGGAAAACACUCAAAACUAUAAUUCAUUGAAUCAUACAGAACGAGCAACAAUCAUCCUUCAGAAAGUUGAUUGGGAAUCUUUAGGCAUGGAUAGUUACGUAAUUCCUGAAAUUCACAACCCUCCAAAACAAAUGCAGGAAAGUAGUGAGCAUGAACAGAAGACAGGGUUUACCCAUCUUGAAGAAGAACACGAUACAUUACUAAAUGAAUCUUCUCCUUCCUGGGCAGCAAGUAUCUCCUCUGAAGGAGGUAGCAUUGUGUCAAGGGUCAAAGGUUACAUUGACCUAACUGAAACAAGAGUAAUUUUGAGCACUAGAGUGGCCGAACAUCUUAAUAAUGUAAGAGAUAGUACUCCUCUGAAAGCGUGGAAACGUUAUUGGAGCCUUGUUCAUGAGAAUAGACAUCCUGCUGCUUUAGAUGUUGAUCUUGCUUAGACAGUGCCAACCGCCUCUGCUUAGAUCAAGUGAGUUUGUUUGUACAUUUACAUUAUUGUAAUAUAUCUUCCUCCUUUACUGCAACCUGUAACCUAGUAAGUAACCCAUAUGUAUAUAAGAUGAUAGAACAUGCAAAACUAGCAGUCACAAAUUCCAAAUUAGUCGAGAUGAAUAAUGAAUAUCUUAAGUUUUCAGUAAAUAUGACCUAAUUUGAUUAGUUUUCAGGA